AUGGCUCUGGGCCCUUGAGGACUUACAGGAGACACUUACUCAGGUGCCAUGCCUCUGCAAGUCCUCCUGCUUCUGAUUUUGCUGGGUCCUGGCCGCAGCCUUCAGCUGUGGGAGCUAGGGAAGGAUGGAGCCCAGGAGGCCUCAGACGUCCCUCUUGCCCGGGUCCAGAGACAAGUGGAUGAGGACCAAGAAGUGGACUUGUACGACUAUGUCAUAGAAGGCACAGAGCCUCCAGAAAUGCUUACACAUGAACCUGGGUCUUUGGCCCUGACCCCUAACAUUCUGGCUCAGUUGGCAACACUGGGGCAUGGAACUCCUGAGCCAGCUACUCUGGAGGCGGCCACACAGGACUCUGCUGGCCUGAACACAGGAGGGGUGGCCCUGGGGAAUCUGAGCAUGGAAGUGACCACACAGGUGAUUCCUGUCACACCGGACCUGCUGACCAAAGAACUGGCCACUACAUUACCUCCCAUCACAGAGUCUCUAUCCACAGAGGGAGCUCCAUCCACAGAGCUGGCCACCACUGAGGCCCCGUCCACAGACCCAGCAGCCACGGAGGCACUGACCACGCAACCUGUGGCCACAGAGGCCCCGUCCAUGGAGUCUACUGUCAUGGAGACCCUGUCCAUGGGGCCAGAAGCCACGGACGCCCUGUCCACAGAGCCCACUGCCACAGAGGCCCUGUCCAUGGAAUCUACUGUCAUGGAGACACUGUCCAUGGGGCCAGAAGCCACGGACGCCCUGUCCACGGAGCCCACUGCCACAGAGGCCCUGUCCAUGGAGUCUACCGUCACGGAGACUCUGUCCACGGGGCCAGAAGGCACGGAUGCCCUGUCCACGGAGCCCACUGGCACAGAGGCCCCGUCCACAGAUCCAGCCACCACGAAGUUCCCGUCCACAGGACCUGCCACCAUAGGGCACCUAACCACAGUCCUUCUUGUGACCUCUGAUCCUCAAAACAGCACCACUGUGGCAGGAGGCAAUUUGCUUGAUGUCCUCACCAAACGAUGGGAAAAUGGGCAGCAUCUGUCCCCACAGAGCUCUGUGGCCCCCAUCCCCGCAGGGGCCCCGGACCACAUCCCCGUGAAGCAGUGCUUGCUGGCCAUCCUCAUCCUGGCCUUGGUAGCCACGACCUUCCUCGUGUGCACAGUGGUGCUGGCCGUCCGCCUCUCCCGCAAGAAUCACAUGUACCCAGUGCGCAAUUAUUCCCCCACCGAGAUGGUCUGCAUCUCAUCCCUGCUGCCCGAGGGGGGCGAAGUGCCCACGGCCACGGCCAAUGGGGGCCUGACCAAUGCCAAGAGCCAGGGCCUAAAGGUGGAGCCCAGGGAGGGCAGAGAUGGGGACGACCUCACCUUGCAGAGCUUCCUCCCUUAA